CGUUUAGCACAGUACAAUCAUUCAUCGUCAUCUUCCUUGCCCUGCUCCUCCCGAAGCUUCUCUCCCUCUCCUCACUCCUCAGCCCUCGUCACCGCGUUCCCUCGGUCCCCACCUUCCCCGGGGAGUAACCACCACUAGACACCGGUCCACGCGCUGUGCAUCUAGGUCUACGCGGCCGGUACAGCUUCCCCCUCGGGCCCCACCCCCAUCCUCCUCGCCGCCGGAUGAUCGCCGCCGGCGCCGCCUCGAUGGGCCGCGCCGCGACUCCAUCCCCGGGGGCCCAGUCCUCCUCCCGGUUGCCGCGCGCCGUCUCGAGGCUGCGGCUCGUGCUUCGCUCCUCGGAAGCGGCGGCGAGGAGCGGCAGCGAGAGGUGGAUGGGGUGCUUCCGGCCGGCGCCGUCGCUGGCCACCGCGGCGGCGGUGAAGGAGGCGAAGGGAAAGCGGCCGGAGGUGGAGGUGGAGCCGGCGCGCGGCGGAGGGGAGGACGUGUGGAGCGCCGACGCUGACGCGGAGGUGGCGCAGGGUGGGGCGUUCCCCGAGCACCUCGUCAUCAUGGUCAAUGGCCUCGUCGGGAGCGCGGACGAUUGGAAGUUCGCGGCGGAGCAGUUUGUGAGGCGGAUGCCGGACAAGGUGAUCGUGCACCGAAGUAAAUGCAACUCUGCCACUCAAACAUUUGACGGUGUUGACUUAAUGGGUGAAAGGCUAGCAAAUGAGGUUCUAUCAGUUGUAGAGCAAAGACGAGGUGUGAAGAAAAUCUCAUUCGUGGCACAUUCUCUUGGCGGGCUUGUUGCCAGAUAUGCUAUAGGAAGGCUCUAUGAACCUAAUAGUAGAAGUAAAUCUUCUGGGGGCAGAGAUGAUGUUGAGCACUUGGAGGGUCACAUUGCUGGUUUAGAACCUAUGAAUUUCAUAACAUUUGCAUCACCACAUUUGGGUUCUAGUGGAAACAAACAGCUACCUUUUUUAUGUGGCCUGCCUUUCCUUGAGCGAAGAGCUUCAGAAACUGCACAUUUGAUUGUUGGGAGAACUGGAAAGCAUCUAUUCCUUACAGACAAUGAUGAUGGUAGACGCCCACUCCUCCUUCGAAUGGUUGAUGACUCUGGUGAUUUACAGUUCAGAUCAGCUUUGCGUUCUUUCAAACGGCGCGUAGCAUAUGCUAAUGCCAAUUUUGACCAUAUGGUUGGAUGGAGAACAUCAUCAAUCCGACGUCAGCAUGAGUUGCCAAAACAUCGUCUUCUUGUUCGUGAUGAAAAGUAUCCGCAUAUUGUUUAUGUUGAAAAGGAAGUUACAGACAACAAUGGAACAGAAGCCCAUGCUGAUCUUUAUGAUCCAGAAGAGGAGAUGAUAAGAGGCCUUACGCAAGUUCCAUGGGAACGUGUUGAUGUGAGCUUCCAGAAAAGCAGCCAAAGAUUAGUUGCGCAUAACACAAUUCAGGUUAAAAGCUAUUGGCUAAACUCGGAUGGAGCAGACGUGAUCAACCACAUGAUGGAUAAUUUCAUCGUCUAAUCCAUGGAGGCAUGGAGCCUACAUCGUCUAUUGAAAUUUAUUGAUCAGUGACCAUUCAAUUUUGCCUUGGCCAAUUUUUCCUUCUAGGUUGCAGCUCUCCAGUUCCCCAUCCCAGGUAAUAUGGUUGAUUCUUUAGGCCCGUUUGCAGAGCAGAGCCCCAAUGCUUCUGAUCCUGCACCAUCAGCGACGCUAGCUCGUUCAACUGUAUCAUAAUCUGCCCCCUCCUUUGUAUAAUUGUAUUCCGCAACUAAGCUAGUAAAUAGAUGUUGCUGCAAAUAGAAUUCUCCUGUUUGGUUCAACACUGGAGUUCAACUUCAAACUGAAACUUGUCAUUCUUGUGACCCAUCGACGUGCUUAUUGGGCACAGUACGGUACUUCAAUCAAGUUUUUUUGGGAACUUUUUUUUUGGUAAAAUAUGAAUUGUACGUACCAUAUAUGGAUAACAGGAUCGCUCUUCAAAUGAGGUUUUGGUAGAGCUCCUGUCCUCAUUCUUAGAGAAGUUAUAUUCUAUGCUGAAA